AUGCCCGCAGAAGUUCGAAAAUCAGAGCAGAGUUCUGAUAGACGUGGGGUGGAUGCCCGCGUCCACCCUUCAGCCGAGAAAACUCCUGCGGCCGAACUGACAUAUGGAUCUUCACAAGAAGAAUACCAACCAAGAAGGCAAUCACAUGGAUCUUCACAAGAAGAAUACCAACCAAGAAGGCAAUCACUAAGAUCUUCACAAGAAGAAUACCAACCAAGAAGGCAAUCACUAAGAGCUCAAUUUGAUGAAAGAGAAGAAAGAAGGCAAUCACUAAGAGCUCAAUUUGAUGAAAGAGAAGAUGGUGACUACACCCACUCAAGAAGAGCCCCACCACGAGAAGAUGGUGACUACACCCACUCAAGAAGAGCCCCACCACCGGAGGAUGGUGACUACACCCACUCAAGAAGAGCCCCACCACCGGAGGGUUACCAAGAGUCCUAUCAUAGUCACGAUUAUGAGCAUUCAAGUCGGACACAACCACUAAGGAGAGACAUCUCUUAUGAUCAUUCAAGGGAAUACCGACUAAGGAGAGACAUCUCUUAUGAUCAUUCAAGGGAAUACCGGACACCUAGGUAUUGCUCUUAUGAUCAUUCAAGGGAAUACCGGACACCUAGGUAUUGCCGGGAUGAUUAUGAGGAGGAUUAUCGGACACCUAGGUAUUGCCGGGAUGAUUAUGAGGAGGAUUAUCGUGAUCAAGAAGACUAUUCUUAUGAAUACCGGGGGUAUAGGAGGAGUGCAUCUCACCAAAGCUACAAUUCAAAAUCUUAUAGGAGGAGUGCAUCUCACCAAAGCUACAAUUCAAAAUCUUACCAAUCUACCCACUCUCACCAAAGCUACAAUUCAAAAUCUUACCAAUCUACCCACUAUGACCAAAGCUACAAUUCAAAAUCUUACCAAUCUACCCACUAUGACGAGGAUGAUGACUACAAAUCUUACCAAUCUACCCACUAUGACGAGGAUGAUGACUACGCUCAACAAAGAGGAUUCUCUAAUUCUCAAUCCUACGACUCUUACCCAUCCCAAUCCUACUCUCCACAAUCGUACACCCAAAACACACCUCCACCCAAAAAGAAAUCUAUUAUCGAGCACAUGUAUGACCAUUGGUUGAAACCCAAGCCAAGAGACCCAAAUGACCGCUUCAAGACCAUUGAGGAACACAUGUUUGAAGAUAUGAAUCGACAAGUGAUUUGUUAUGCUUGUACAAUUACCAUAGGGACGAAAUUGAUCAAGAGUGCAACCACUAUGAGAAUGAGGAGUACAUGA